GGGCUCGGUGGCGCGUGGCCCGCGCGGCCGUCCGGCCUCCCGAUGUCGCGCGCGGGCGCCGAGUACUCGCUGCGCAGCCUGGGCGGCGCCAUGGGCGAGGCGGGCGAGCGCAGCCUGCUGGCGGGGCCCGCGCUGGAGCGCGCGGCGCGGCGGCGCUUCCAGCAGGGCGAGACCCCCGGCGUGGUGUACGCGGCGGCCGCCUGCUCGGCGCUCGGCGGCUUCCUGCUGGGCUACGACACGGGCGUGGUGUCGGGCGCGCUGCUGCCCCUGCGCCGCCGCCUGCGCCUGUCGCCGCUCUGGCAGGAGCUGCUGGUGUCCGGCGCGGCGGGCGCGGCCGCGGGCUCGGCGCUGGCCGGCGGCGCCCUCAACGGCGCGCUGGGCCGCCGCGCCGCCGUGCUGCUGGCCAGCGCGCUCUGCGCGGCCGGCUCGGCGCUGCUGGCCGCGGCCGGCGACAAGGAGACGCUGCUGGCCGGACGCCUGGUCGUGGGGCUGGGCAUCGGUAUCGCCUCCAUGACGGUGCCCGUGUACAUCGCCGAGGUCUCCCCGCCCAACUUGCGUGGUCGCUUCGUCACAGUCAACACCCUGUUCAUCACGGGUGGGCAGUUCUUCGCCAGCGUGGUGGACGGCGCCUUCAGCUCUCUCCCCGACAACGGCUGGAGGUACAUGUUGGGGCUUGCGGCCAUCCCUGCUGUGAUACAGUUCUUUGGCUUCCUCUUUUUGCCUGAGAGUCCUCGCUGGCUCAUUCAGAAAGGACAGACUCAGAAGGCCCGUCGGAUUCUGUCUCAGAUGCGUGGAAACCAGACCAUAGAUGAGGAAUUUGACAGCAUCAAAAACAACAUUGAAGAGGAGGAGAAGGAGGUCGGCUCAGCUGGGCCUGUGAUCUGCAGAAUGCUGACUUACCCCCCGACUCGCCGGGCUUUGAUUGUGGGGUGUGGCCUGCAAAUGUUCCAGCAGCUCUCAGGCAUUAACACCAUCAUGUACUACAGCGCCACCAUCCUGCAGAUGUCCGGCGUGGGAGACGACAGACUGGCCAUCUGGCUGGCCUCCGUCACGGCCUUCACCAACUUCCUCUUCACGCUGCUGGGCGUCUGGCUGGUGGAAAGGUUGGGCCGCAGGAAGCUGACCUUCGGGAGCCUGGCAGGGACCACCGUAGCACUCGUCGUCCUGGCGCUGGGCUUUCUGCUGUCAGCCCAGGUGUCACCACACGUCACUCUCCAGCCAGGGGCUCCCUCGGGCCAGAACACUUCUUGUACGAGAUACAGUUUCUGCGACGAGUGUAUGCUGGACCCCGAGUGUGGCUUCUGCUACAAGGUGAACAGAUCCACCAUCACCGAGUCGUCCUGCGACCCCAUUAACAAGGCGUCCAUGAGUGAGGCAGCCUGGGGCCGGUGUGCAAACGAAACCAAAUUCAAAACAGAAGAUGUAUUUUGGGCUUACAAUUUCUGCCCCACCCCCUACUCCUGGACUGCACUCGUGGGCCUCAUUUUAUAUCUUGUUUUCUUCGCACCUGGAAUGGGACCAAUGCCCUGGACUGUGAACUCUGAGAUCUAUCCCCUCUGGGCAAGAAGCACAGGAAAUGCGUGCUCAUCUGGAGUAAACUGGAUUUUUAACGUCCUGGUUUCGCUCACGUUUUUACACACAGCAGAGUACCUGACAUACUAUGGCGCCUUCUUCCUUUACGCUGGAUUUGCCGCUCUGGGACUCCUCUUCGUCUACGGCUGUCUUCCUGAGACCAAAGGGAAAAAGUUAGAGGAAAUUGAAUCUCUCUUUGACCACAAGCUUUGCACGUGUGGUGCUUCGGAUUCCGAGGAAGGGAGAUACAUUGAAUACAUUCGGGUGAAGGGAAGUAACUACCAUCUUUCGGACAACGACGCUUCUGACGUGGAGUAGCUGUCACUGUGCUGUCUCUC